AUGUCACAACAAGUCAAUCCGCCAAGACCAAAGUCGGAGUCUUCAACUAAAAGCAAUCCGGAAAAUGAUAACAUAAUGCUGGAUUAUCCGAUAGUGUCAAUUGCAUAUUGUGUUCGUUGCAAAUGGAUGCUUCGGGCAGCAUGGUACCAACAGGAAAUUCUUCAAACUUUCGCAAGCAAAGAAGAUCCGGAAGCCACAGAGAAAGCAGGAGAUGGUUUCUCGAAAUUAACCAUAAACUCUGUUCUCCUAAAGCCUUCACUUGUGGCCGGCACCUUCACCAUAGCAAUUAAGCCAAGAAGAGCAGAUAACUGGACUGUUCUCUGGGAUAGGAAGAUGAACGGAGGCUUUCCGGAUUCCAAGGUUGUUAAGCAGAAAAUCAGGGACAUUGUUAAGCCAGGUCUAAAAAUGCGCCACUUAGAUCGUCCAAGUGAAAGCUCAAACGGUUGCUUGAUUAGCGGCGGUGGCGAAAGCUGCUCAAACAGGUCGUUGCCACCAACACAAGGCUCUGCAAACUCAAAAUCAUCGCAAGGGUCAUCACUUGCACGGACAAAGACAUUUACUGAAGAAUGUUUGGAAUGCACCAGAACAUGGGAAGGUUGA